CAGUCCUAUUCAACUUAGCUUUUUGAAUGCCGAUGUCUGUAUUUAACAUUCAGAAAUUUGCUUCAGCAUUGGAAAUACCUCAAGCUGUUUUUUAUGUUGCAGUUACUAUUUUAGGUGCUGGGAUACAGCAUUAACAAAACAGUUUAAAGCAGAGUCUCUAACUUAAGUCCUUGAAAGAGUCAUUUUGUGUGGAUGAUACUGAACAGAAGAGUCCUUCGAAGCAGGGAUAUCAAUUGUAAAGGCUUUUGCAAUAAUACAAGCAUGAGUCCUCCGACCCAGAAAACGAGAGAACAGCUUCCACAAUCUUGGGAGACUGUGGAAAUGCUUUUCGAAUGAGAAAUUCUGCAGCAUCCACGGGCACAAGAUAAAAAUCAGUAUCCCCGAAGCAGCUCUUUACAGCAUGUUCUCAGCACAAGGAACAAUAACGCCCUCAUAACAGAUUCUCCGUUGGAAAAAAAAUCCUUAGCUCCCAGAGCCUAAAGGUAUGAAUGGCAUCAAACAAGUCAAGAACGAGAGCCAGGAAGAGAAACCCCCAACUGGCUAGAGCGACCAGAGGCCGCGGGCCGCUCGCCUUUCUCUGUGGUCACGGGCACAACCCCCCCCCUCCGCCUGGUAACGUUCAGGUUCCCUGACGCAUGCGCGAGGCCAGACGGUAGUUCCGGUUCCGGCGUGGAGAAUUUAGUUCCUGGCAUUCAGUUGGCGCGGUUGGUGGACAGUAACUGAGCCAAGAUGCUGCGAAAUCUGCUGGCUCUUCGUCAGAUUACCCAGAGGACCAUAAGUACUGCUUCAUGCAGACAGUUACAAAAUAAAGUUCCAGAGAAACAAAAGCUGUUUCAGGAGGAAAAUGGAAUUCCAGUGCAUCUAAAGGGUGGGGUAGCUGAUGCCCUCCUGUAUAGGGCCACCAUGAUUCUAACAGUUGGUGGAGCAGGAUAUGCCAUAUAUCAACUGGUUAUGGCUUCAUUUCCCAAGAAGCAAGAUUGAGUUCAAUUUGUCAUCCCAGCAAUCAGCCGGUUCAGUGGACCAGUAAUCCGAUAAAUAAUCUGAGUUGUUUGGGGAUCAAUAUUUAUUGACUUGUACUGCUGUCAAUAAAGCAGUCUUUACCGUGUUUUGUGUUAUUUUAUCACGUUAGGGUAAAUUAUACCAGUAAAUUCAGGUUUUGAUUGGCCUUAAUGAAUUUUAGGUAUGGAACAAAAAUGAUUCUUUUGUCAAUAAGGUUGAAUAAAGUACCAUUGUGAUUUUUUUCAAGU